ACAUUGCUAUUAAUGCUGAAUUAACAUCAUAUGCUUACAGGGCAUGGUUCAGGCUGCCGAGUACAUUAAACGGAAGCUGGUGGACGAAGGGAUCCUAUCGCAAGCCUUCAACUACAGCCUGGACAAAGGCACAACCCAGUACGAUCUCGUUCUCGUGGGCCACUCUCUCGGGGCCGGGGCGGCCGCCAUAUUGGCCAUUUUACUCAAGCAGGACUUUCCCAACCUGCUGUGCUACGCGUACGCGCCACCGGGUGGACUCCUCAGCCUACCCGCCGUGGAGUACAGCAAGACGUUCAUCACGUCGGUGGUGUUGGGCAAAGACGUGGUGCCGAGAAUAGGACUGCACCAGAUGGAGGCCCUGCGCACAGAUCUCAUCAAUGCUAUUAAAAGGAGCGCCGACCCCAAGUGGAAAAUCAUCCUCGGAGGCGUCCUUUGUUGCUGCCCGGACGAAGUGGACUUCGACGGCGUCGAAGGACCGACGUUAGCGGACCGCGACGUCACCAGUCACCCCAGUGACGCAACGAUAGCCCUCACUGCUCAUCAACCGCUCUAUCCACCCGGAAGGAUCAUUCACAUCGUGCGUAACCAUCCGAAGGACCAAAAGUACGAGCCCAGGUGGAGGCGCGUCAUGCGCAAGAACGAGCCCGUGUACCAGGCCCUGUGGGCGGACAACAAGGACUUCGACCAGGUGCUCAUCUCUCCGGUCAUGAUACAGGACCACAUGCCGGACAAACUACUGGACGCCCUCGAAAAGGUACGGACGCUAAAUGCGCGGAAGUACUUAGCGGGAAACAGGAGACUGGCUGCGAAAAAAAAUUGCACAGAGAGCUGCUCAGCGGCACCUUUACUCUAAGAAAAAAAAAGUAUU